AUGUUGCUUUUGUCUUUUAUACACGGUUUUAUUUCUGAAAAGGAAUUUGGAGUUUUACACGAAGCAUUGCAGACCAAGAAUCCAAUUUUUCCGCACAGUGAUUACGAAAGGUUUACUUUAGACACUCUCGAGGAAAGUGAAAUCUUUGCAGAGUUUAGAGUACGAAAACGGGAUAUUGAACGGUUAGCUGAUGCUCUGGGGCUUCCAGAGUCAUUCGUCUGUCACCAGAGGACAAGAGCCGAUAAGAUUGAAGGACUCUGUAUGGUGCUCAAAUGUCUGGCGUACCCGUGCAGGUACAGUGAUCUAAUACACCGGUUUGGGCGAGCUGUGCCACAACUAUCUAUGAUCACAAACGCGGUGGAAGAAUUCAUUUACCAAAACCCCCACCACAGAUUAACACAGUGGAAUGCUACUCUUCUAAGCCCGCGGAAACUUCAGCAGUAUGCUGAUGCAGUGGCAGUGAAAGGUUCUCCAUUGAAAAACUGCUUCGGAUUCAUCGAUGGGACCGUAAGACCAAUAUCAAGACCGGGUGAAAACCAAAAAAUAGUGUACAAUGGGCACAAGAGGCUCCAUGCCCUAAAGUUUCAGUCCGUUACGCUGCCGGAUGGGCUAAUUGCGCAUCUUUUUGGACCUGUUGGUAAGUCAGUUUACAUUUCAUGAAAGCAAUGGAAAAGUGAAAAUUAAAACGAAAUAGGUCGGUGACCCUCUACAUGGGCUUCCGUCCCCCAUCCUCACCCCACCAAAAAGGGUAUUUUUAGAAAUGACUGUCGAGAAUACUUUGGUUAAAAAAUUAACAUAAAUUAUGUAGAGAAUAUUUUUAUUCUUCAUGUGGUGUCUCCAACUAAAACUUUAUUAAACAGUGAUAAUAUUAUUUUCUGUUAUUUAGAGGGAAGAAAGCAUGAUGCAGCAAUGCUAAAAGAUUCUCAUCUCCUGGAUGACCUUAACGCUCAUGCAUUUAGUGCCACUGGUGAGGCCAUGUGUCUCUAUGGGGACCCCGCUUAUCCCCAUCGCAUCCAGCUGCAAGGACCCUUCAAAGAACAACGACUGACUCCCGCUAUGGAGGACUUCAACAGUGCCAUGAGCUCAGUCCGUUCCUCAGUUGAGUGGGUGUUUGGUGAUGUUAUUGGACCAUUUAAACUUUUGGAUUUCAAAAAAAAUCUCAAAAUUGGUCUAAGUCCAGUUGGCAAACAUUACAUAGUGAGUGCUCUGCUUAGGAAUGCCCUGACAUGUCUUUAUGGCAAUAAUACAGGGGCAUACUUUGGAGUGGAACCACCAUCUCUAGAGGAGUACUUCUCCUAA